UUCUGCACAUUAUUACUGGCUGGGAGUGUGGGGUGCUACUGUAUUUCUUAAUAUGUGUGCUGCCGUGUACAAGGCUCGGCAAAAACACGUUUCUCGUUAACAAAGGCAAGUGUUUAAUCUCUAUGGACUCUACCAUCAGGUGGUUUCAAAUUGUUUCUUGCUAUCAACAAAGUUAUAUCAAAUAUUUUUAGUGGAGUCAGUGAAAAUUACGUCAUGAAACUUGAUGAAAAAAAUAGAAAUUACGUUCUUAUCUAAGCAAUAUCUGUAAAAAAAAUGUAGUAACAGCUUUGUUGGUAGCAAGUAACCAUUUCAAACCACCAGAUGGUGAGUCUAUAGAGAUUAUACACAUGUCUUUGUUGUCACUUUUCUGUCGGCCUAUGAUAAUAACAAUUAGAUACUAUCUACUUUGCCAUGGAUAAUAACGUUAAAUACCAUCUACCAUCUACGGUUUAAGCUAAUAUCUCAGAUGCGUGUAUCCAGUGCUUCGGAAGUGCUGGACAACUUUUAUUGGUCACACCAUGAGUACAACGCCCUGGCCAGAGAUCCACAAAGUGGUUGUAAUAUAUUUUCUGCUGAGCUGGUUGCCCGUAUGCUGUAGCAGCCCUGACCCUGGGCUCAGAGAGUCUCUUAUGCUACAGGAGUCCUCCUGGGAAACAGGGGGCAGACUACUGCUGACAAAGGCUGAGCUGCAACUCAGUGAACGGCUGCACAGACUAAAGGAGCAAGAAAUGGCGAGUGCAGACUUCCCUCCUGCCUUGCAUUUCUUUAGGGCCAAGCCUCUCAUCCAGCGCAGCCCCAUUUACAGCCUGCUGCGGGCGAUGCCCAAAGGAGCAGCGCUUCACAUCCAUGACUUCUCCCUGGUGGGAGUGGAGUGGCUGGUGAGGAAUGUGACAUAUCGCCCACACUGCUACAUGUGCUUUACCCAGGACCAGUCUGUCCGCUUCCUUUUCUCCUCCAGGGAGCCCAAAUCAAUACCUCUGUGCUCCUCCUGGGUGCUACUGACCACACUGAGAGCCAAGACCGGCAACACGACAGACUUUGACAACAGCCUCGUCAGCAACCUCACACUCUUCACAGAUGACCCAGAGGAGGCCUAUACCAGCCAAGACGCUGUCUGGAAGAGGUUUGAGCAGGCCUUCACUACGGCUUGGGGACUAGUCACCUACGCUCCCGUAUUCAAGGAUUAUUACUAUGAGGGCCUGAAGCAGUUGUACAUGGAUAAUUGCAUGUAUCUGGAGCUGAGGGCUUUGCUUCCAGAGACAUAUGAGUUGGAUGGGGGCACCCAUGACAGAUCCUGGGGCCUGAGUGCCUAUCAGGAGGUGACCAGGCAGUUUGUGUCCGAACACCCAGACUUCCUGGGGGCUCGGGUCAUCUUCACUGUGCACAGAGGGCUGAAUGAAUCCAUGGUAUUGAAGGCAGUGGAGGAAGCUAUGAACCUACAGAAAGCCUUUCCAGAGAUCAUGGCUGGAUUUGACCUGGUGGGUCGAGAGGAUAAAGGAAGAACUCUGUGGUCCUUUAGGGAGGCUUUGUCCCUGCCUGGCAAGAGAGGAGUCAACCUUCCCUUCUUCUUUCAUGCUGGGGAGACUGAUGAAUACGGCACUGAGGUGGAUGGGAACCUGCUUGAUGCUUUACUGUUCAACACCUCUCGUAUUGGCCACGGCUUUGCCCUGCUGCGCCACCCAUUGGUCAAGGAGCUCUCUAGGAAGAGAGGGAUCGCUGUGGAAGUAUGCCCCAUCUCUAACCAGGUACUGAAACUGGUCUCAGACCUACGCAAUCACCCAGCUACUGUUCUGAUGUCAGAGGGCCACCCUCUAGUGAUCAGUUCAGACGACCCAGCCUUGUUUGGGGCCUCAGGGCUCUCCCAUGACUUUUACGAGGCGUUCGUGGGCAUUGGUGGACUGAACUCACACAUUGGAACUCUGAAGGAACUGGCCAUGAACUCCAUCAGGUACAGUUCUCUGUCUCCAGAGCUGAAGGUGAAAGCCUUGGAUAUAUGGAAGAAAAAAUGGGACAAAUUUAUCUCAGAGAACUCAAGAUAGAGACCUUCUGUUGAGGAGGUGUCACUGGGAUGCUGACUCUGGGAAUUACUUGAUUCCUGUCCAUGAACCCGAUUUGGCAUUCCCUAAUUAAGGGACGGACAUGUUCAAAUCAGAAAUGGACAAAAUGGUUUAAAUCCUAUUGGGCAAUAGGAAAGUAUUCAGUUGUUAACUCUUUAUUUUUCUUCUGUAAAUACCAUUAUGGAGUAGUUGCUUUUGCAAAGUUGAAGAUAAAGAGAAUAAGCCUAUAACGCCCUCCAGUGGAUAGUAUGUGUAUCACUCCUGUAGGAAAUCAAUCAGUUUACCACAUUGCUGUCAGCUCCCACAAAAUGGAGGGUCCUGAGUACAGUUCACUGGUCAGAGCUCUGAGGCCUGUAUAUAGCUUCUUUGUGCAUGCGUACUUUCUCCUGAUCUUGACCCGAACAAAGCCAUGUUGAGAUGACAACUUGACCUUUUUCCCAGAGGCGACCCUUCUUCAUAUUUGGAAACGUCAUAAAAAGUGACAAGUUGAAUUGAUUGCAACAGUCACACAUUACAUCCAGUGGUGGUGGUUUAGUGUGGUCCAGUGUGCUAAGCUGCUGCCUUCAGUGCACAUGUACUAUAGUACCACAGUAGAUUGGAUCUGGGCUGUUGUGCAUUCAGCAAAACCUCUGUACUCUCCUUCCACACUUUCUGCACUGAAGUACAACAUGCCCCCAAAACUAAAUUUUUAAAUAGAUAUUGUAUAUAAUAUUAAAUCAAAAGCAAAAUUCUAUUUCUGUGACUAGCUUUCGGUUUUAGCCCAGAUUCUCAACCAAUAUUGUUCCCAUCAUGGAUUUGUGUAGUUAUGGAUCGGUAACUCUCUUGCAUAUACAUUUAUGAAAAAUAAAAGAUUAUUUGAUA